AUGGGGUUCGCCGAGCCGCGAAUGCACUUUGGGAUUGUACGGAAAGGAGGGGGAAAGAUGGCGGCGCCCGGUGGUGGUGUGGCGGUAGCGGAGGCGGCGGAGGGCCCAGCUUUGGGGAGGCUGGAAGAGGAGGCGAGGAAGCGGCGGGAGAGGUUGAGGGCGCUGCGGCAGCGCACGCUUCAGAAUCAGGACAGUGGUGAACCUGAGAACAAGAAGCUCAGAGAAGAUGAGGAAGAGGAGACUGUCAAGCACAAGGAGAUCAAACUGCGAAACUAUGACCCCGAAGAUGAGGAGCUGAAGAAGAGGAAGGUGCCACAAGCCAAGCCAGCCUCAGUGGAAGAGAAGGUGAAGGACCAGCUGGAAGCUGCCAAGCCAGAGCCCAUCAUCGAUGAGGUGGACCUGGCAAACCUGGCCCCCAGGAAGCCUGACUGGGAUCUGAAGCGGGACGUAGCCAAGAAGCUGGAGAAGCUGGAGAAGAGGACCCAGAGAGCCAUUGCUGAGCUGAUCCGGGAGCGGCUGAAGGGGCAGGAGGAGGAGCUGGUGACUGCCGUGGGGUCGGCAAAGCAGGAGGGGAGUGACUCAGACUGAGGAGGUCCUUCCAGCAGCCUCGGGUGUGGCUCUG